UUGAGUUUAUAUUAGUAAUUUGUCUGUACUUUAAAUUAAUAUAAAACCAGUUUUAAAGUUUUACAAAUUUUUCAUUGGCUUCAGAUAAAAAAAUAUAGGCUCAUAAUUUGCCUUUGGGUGGUUAUGAAGAGUUUUGGAUCGUUCUCCUUGAUUCAGCUUAAACCCGCACACCCAGGCUUUAAUUAAGCAAUCAGUGCCUUUCAGACCGGAUCUGUAUAAAUCCCACAAAGAGCCUCUUACACCUGUCUUACGGCUCCAGGAUGGAGGGGUUCCUGUCCACGUUCCUCCCCUUCAGCGGCUAUGGCGCUCCCCCAGCUCAGGGGGACGGCUGGGGGAAGGGAGAAGGCCGUUUUCUCAUUCCUCAGGGCCUUGACUACCUGGAGAUCUGCAAGACCAUCUUGUCCCAAGUCAACCCCAGUUUACCUCUACCGCCCUGCGGGAAGGUGAACACCAAAGAGUGCGGCGUGCAGGUGAACGCGAAGGUGGACAAGGCGGUUCAGUGUUCUCUAGGUCCAAAAACGCUGCUCUACGUCGAACAUCCCACCUCCUGCAACAGCUGCAAGACGCAUGACGAGAGCCUCGAUGUGACCAAAGCGGAGGGGAAGGCGUUGUUAGGCACGCCGCCUAUGAGCAGCCUGCGCUUCCUCAGACCUGUGUCCAUCUACUCGCCGGUGUUUGACCGCAGGGUGUUCCUGAAGAGUCUCAGCGAUGGCGCUGGACAGGACCCACUGGAAGCUUCUGACCAAGCCAAGUCUGAUGCUGACACGGAUCAUAGUGGCGAGAACUUAGAAAACGGCUUCAAGACUGAGAGUCCUCGAUCCUCCAAGAGCCCAAACUUCCAGUUCCUGGAACAGCGAUAUGGCUUUUUCCACUGUAAAAAGUGCAACAUCCGGUGGGAGAGUGCUUAUGUUUGGUGCAUCUCUGGCUCCAGUAAGGUGUACUACAAGCAGCUCUGCCGGAAGUGCCAGGUGGGGUUUAACCCCUACAGAGUGGAGUCUAUAAUCUGUAAGGGCUGCUCUCAGACUUGCUGCAGCUGUGAGAAGAAGCAGAGACACAUCAACAUGAAGAGGCCUCAUCGUAAAGACCUGUGUUGCCGCUGUAAAGGCAUGAGGCUGUCAUGUGAUGCCACGUACAGCUUCAAAUAUAUCGUCUGAGCUAAUUUGAUGGUGGCUGAAUUUCAUUGCAUGGUUAGAGUUUGAGGUUAUGCUCAAGUCUGUCACUGGAAGCCACCCCUUACUUGCCUGCAACAUGCUGAACCUUUGACCAGCUGGCUUAUCUGACAACCUCUCAUAUUGCUAGAGGGUUCACUCUGGGUACUAUGGGCUUUUGUAAAAUGCAAAGUUAAUAAAUUCUAAGUUGCACUUCAGAGAAAUGUGAAUGCUGAGGUUGGGGGGGGUUGAGACAAGUAUACUGGAGUAAAAGUUUCUACUGAAGCUCAGUUUAAUUAGUUUUGUGCAUUUCAGGGUUUAAAAUGGACGAGCUGCAGAGAAACUGACCCAAUUCAAUAGUUGGCAUAAAGUCAACACAAUUAUGGAACUCCAAAUGUGAAUUAUCACUUGACACCUAAAUUAAAAGUAUAUUACUGUGGUUAAUGUUGCAGGUUCAAAUGGUAAUCCAUACUGCAGUGCUUAGAAUUGGAUCUGGGAAGAAGUGAGAAAUAAAAAUGUAACCUUUUCUAAAUGAAAAGCAAUUUUCUAUCAUCUGAGAACUUCAGACUACUUCGACACAGUUCUGUCCUUGGCCCCGGUCAGACUUUUCUUGUCUCUGGUUCAGGAGUGGCUUGGCAUACUGUGAAUCUUGAGACACGGACUCCAGCUCCUUGUAAAGUUCCUCAAUUCUAAAUGGAAUUUGCUUGACAAUCCUGUGGAGGCUGAUGAUCCUCACUUUUCUGUAACUGGUUGGCUACAGCACUCUGAACAGCUUUGGUACUGAUUAGGGUGGGACAUUAGUUUAUAAAAUUUUCACAAUAUUCAAAAUUGCUCACACUGAAUUUUUGGUUUUCAUUAUUUGUAAGUAAUCAAUUUUAC